ACGAACCGCGGUGUUUUGAAAAGCGUCGAAAUUUGAAACUUUCGUCCGUUUCGCAACGUUACGCGGUCCUAACACGCCCGGUUCGGGUGUUAGGUGUGUGCGCGCGUUUGUGAACCACGAAAUACGUUUCAAUAACAAUUUGGGGCCGCUGCUGGAAACGGUUUAGGAAUUCAACUUCGGGAAAAGUGAGAAGAGUAAACAAGCUAACGCUAGCUAGGGAUAGCUUGUUAGCUAGCCUGCUAACGUAACUAGCGUACGGUAGAAAGUUGGGAAAGAGUGAGUCGCUUUCGCUUUUCUGAGCUUGAGAAAGACAGAAACGAGCAUGACGGGGGUGUUUCGAGCGCCGGACGCCUUUUCGGGCGAUGAAGACGAUGAUAACGAUGCCAACAGGGCCAGAGACGCGCUGAACGCGGCUUCAGAUGAGAGCCCUGUUAAGCAAACGACUCGGUAUCGACUCGCGUCUCCGCAGCAGCGGUGCUGGAGAGAUGCCCAGUGGCCAGCCCGUAUCUGCUCGAUGCUCUGUUGCCUGGUCAUCUUCUCCUUUAUCGCUGUGCUUGUCUCAUUUCUAUAUAUCGUUUUGAAAGAUCUGCGAGCUGAGAAGAUAACCACUGAAGAUGGAGCAGAAAUAAGACUUCUAGGGUUUUGGAGUAUGCUGGUGCUGUCCUCCUUGGCUGGAGUGCUGUGUUGCAGUUUCUCCUGGACUCUUACCUACUUCGAUUCAUUUGAGCCUGGAAUGUUUCCUCCCACCCCACUUUCUCCUGCCAAACUCCGGAAAAUGACAGGCCACUCCUUUCACAUGGGCUACAGCAUGGCCAUUCUCAACGGCAUAGUGGCUGCACUCACUGUCAUCUGGUGCCUCACAUAAAAAAAAAAAACCCACACAAACUUUUGCUCCCUGACCGCUUCCUCACCUAGAUCAUCACAUUACCAUCAAGUGUUUGUGGUUAAUUAAAGAAAGAAAAACAUCGA